AUGUCGUACCACGUCGAACACCUGCACUCGGUCCAGGCCGUGGACGACGCCAUCGACGGCGAGGGUGAGAGCGGCCGCCUGGUGGUUGUCCGCUUCGGCCGCGGCGGGCACGCCGACUGCGCGCGCCUCGACGCCGCCCUCGCAGCCGCCGCGGAGCGGGUCGGCCCCGUCGCGGCGCUGUACGCCGUCGACAUCGACGAGGUGCAGGGCUUCAACGCCAUGUACGAGCUGCACCUGCCCUGCACCCUCAUGUUCUUCUACGGGUACCGGCACGUCGACGUUCGCAGCCUCCGCGGCAGGGACGACGUCGACUGGGCCGCGUACUGCGGCGGCGGCGGGUUCCCCGGCCUCGUCCAGACGGUGCACCAGAGUGCUAAGGCCGGGCGUCGACUAGUCAUAGUCGACUAG